GCUGGAUGCUGGAGGAGGAAGCAGACGAUCACCGACCACCGGAGCAUGUCAGCGGAGAGACGGCUUACUGUACCGCGUUUCACCGGGAACAUCCGGAGCUGCUCAGCCCAGAACCCUUGACUCAUCCCCGGAUCCCCUGAACGGAUCGAGCCGCUGCUGCCGCGGAGGAAACGGUCGGUCGGAAAGACAAGAAGCAGAAUCAGAUCCGCCCAGCAGAGAUGGCGAAGGCAGACCAGCGUUUCGGCCAGCGGGACGGUUCCGACCAGAACUUCGACUACAUGUUCAAGCUGCUGAUCAUCGGGAACAGCAGCGUGGGGAAGACGUCCUUCCUGUUCCGCUACGCCGAUGACUCCUUCAGCAACUCCUUCGUCAGCACCGUCGGCAUCGACUUCAAGGUGAAGACGGUUUAUCGCAACGACAAGAGGAUCAAGCUGCAGAUCUGGGACACGGCGGGUCAGGAGCGUUACCGAACCAUCACCACGGCUUACUACCGCGGCGCCAUGGGCUUCAUCCUCAUGUAUGACAUCACCAACGAGGAGUCCUUCAACGCCGUCCAGGACUGGGCCACUCAGAUCAAGACGUACUCGUGGGACAAUGCUCAGGUCAUCAUGGUGGGAAACAAGUGCGACAUGGACGAGGAGCGAGUCGUCCCUCCGGAGAAAGGAAAACAUCUGGCCGACCAGCUAGGCUUCGAGUACUACGAGGCGAGCGCUAAGGAGAACAUCAACGUGCGGCAGGUCUUUGAGCGUCUGGUGGACAUCAUCUGCGUUAAGAUGUCGGAGCGCGUCGACGUGGAGGCGCCGGCGGCUCCCGGAUCCAAAACCACCAAACUGACCGACAAACCGGCCCAGCUACCUCAGAAGUGCUGCUGAUUCGACCCACUGACCGGUUCUAACUAUCCUAACAUUCCUUCGUCCUCACUCGCUCUGCUUCAGUCCAUGUUAGUGAGCCGUCGAUAAUCACUGCUGCCGACCUGCCAACAUUCAAACAUCGUCCUCUGAACUCUGCAGCCUCAGAUGGUCAGUCUGACGGGCUGAAAGGCCGCGGGGCUGCUGGGUGGAUGUUCGCUGCUCAAACUGAUGUUGAAACUAAUGAAUCUCAGAGGAGGGAGGAGAACCGGUUCAUUCAACAGCUGCUCGUCUUUAAUAAGUCGAUGGUUUCUGUCAAAGUUAAUCAAAGCUGAGGUCAAAGAUCCACUUUAAGCUGCAGAACCUCAAACCAGAGUUAUUUGACAAAGAUGAGGAUUCUGUUCAGUUCACUUAUGAGUUAUUUGGGACCAAAAACGAACUUCUGUAAAGUAUUUUGGCUGAAUUCCUGAGGUUCCUCAACCACCCAUGUUCUUUCCAUUUUCAGGUUCAGUAAUUAAACUGGAUCGGUUCAGUCGUUCUGAUCUGAUGGAACUAUUCUGUCUGUUCUCACCACAGCUUUAUCUCUGGAGAUACUGAACCUUUGAAAUGGUUGAAAAUGGAUGAAAUUCUCUAAAUUCAGCCAAAAUAUUUUUCAAAUCUUUGUUCCAUCCAUCCAUCCAUCCAUCCAUCCAUCCAUCCAUCCAUCCAUCCAUCCAUCCAUCCAUCAUCCAUCUUCUUCCUCUUAUCCAGGGCCGGGUCGUGGAGGCAGCAGGUGAAGCAGGUCAUUACAGAUCUUCCUCCUCCCAGAGACUCGUUCCAGCUCUUCCUGGAGGAUCCCGAGGCGUUCCCAGGCCAGAUGAGAUACAUAAUCCCUCCAGAGAGUUCUGGUUCUACCCCGGGGUCUCCUCCCAGGCAGACGUGUUCAGAAAACCUCCAAAGGAAGUCUCCCUGGAGGAUCUGAAUCAGAUGUCCAAACCAAGGAUCAGCAGCUCUACUCUGAGCUCCCUCCAGAUGUCUGAUCUUCUCCCAUCUCUAAGGCUGAGCCCAGACACCCUACAGAGGAAGCUUAUUUCAGACGCUUGUAUCUGUGAUCUCGUUCUUUCUGUCACUACCCAGAGCUCAUGACCACAGGUGACUGAGAGCUUCUCCUUGAGGCUCAGCUCUCUCUUCACCACGACGGUUCGGUACAACGCCUUCAUUACUGCUGACGCUGCACUAAUCCUCCUGUCCAUCUCUAGCUCCAUUUUCCCAUCACUCAUGAAAAAGAUCCCGAGGUACUUGAACUCCUUUGCUUGGUCUUUGUUUUUGUUUUGGUUCCUAAAUAACAUCAAGGUGAACUGAACAGAAUGUGAGAAGGUUCUAUGAGAACUGACAGACUGAUCUCCAUCCCGUCAUCAGAACAAACAUCUGGCCAUCAGCUGCUCCAGAUGUUCAGACCCGUCAGACUGAGCUGCAGCAGCGCCUCAGCGCAGCACUGCCUCCUCUCCAAGUGUAGCACAACAUGUUCAGUGUUUACAGCCUCCAUCUCACCGUCACCGGCCUCACCUGUGCUGCUUCUGGCUCAAACACACUUCAGGGCUACAACAUCGGCGCUGCAGGGCUGGAAGGCUGCAUGGCUGCUGAGCUGCAGAGCGACAUAGCUGCAGGGCUGCAGGGCUGCAGCUGUGUCGCUCUGCAGCUCGGCAGCUUUGGGUGUUUGCGAUGAACUCGGUUCCCCUCGGCAGGUGUCGUCACGUAGCCGCCGUGUUUCCUCCAUGAAGGUGUGUGUGAGUGUGUGAUAUUAGUCAGACAUGUUCAUCUGGUCAUCAUGAUAUUUAUCGUGAGGGUUCUUGUGUUUGUGUACAGUAUCUUUGACUGGAGUGUGAUAUUUUGAUAAAGUUAGCUGAGAUUCAGGACGAGUUUCAGGAAAAAAACGGAGUUGAAAAAAAGUCUUAAAUAUUCUGAAGAAGAGAAACUAUAAUCCUGCCAAACUGUUGUUUAUCGACCACAGCGCACGUUUCUGUGUGUGACUCCCCACCAUGUGUCUUCAUAUUGAUGAGAUAAUAAUAUUGACAUUGUCUUCAUAUGAUUAUUUUUUAAGUGAAUUUGUAAAUGAUAGAAUUAGAGAUUAUACUGGUGUUGAGUAUGGAUUUAUUUUUAUGCAGUGUAAACCAUGGACAAAUUCUAUAGAGAGUUUAUGUAAACUUGUUGUCUUACAGUUCACUCCUGUUCGGGGAGAAGCACAAAGUGAUUGUACAAAAUAUUGUGAAUGUUUGUAUAUUAUAGAUGCAAUUUAGUAUAAUAAAAAUCACAAUCUUUAA